GGGGACACGGGUCCGGUCGGGGCCGACGCGGAAGCGCCUGCUGUCCGCGACCGGCGCCUCACCGGCUCUGUCCAGCCCUGGUCCCAAGUGCCGAGGACGCCGCUGGUCAGUGUCAUGUGACUUGUGCCCCUCGGCCCGGAGCCUGAGCUGGGACCCAGGCUACGGCCUCCCAGGUUGUGUUAGGUCUUCGGAAGUUUCAGGAAGCGAGUCGUCAGAGUCGGGGAAUAUAGGUCUGGGGUGCUGGGGGGUGGUAUUGCCCGAGUCCGGGGUUCCGGAGUUGGGGCUGCCCGGGUCCGGGGUUGGGGGUGGUGAGACCGGGUUCGGGGUCGGGGGAUGGAGGAGGUUAGUGCCCGGGUCCGGAGUCUCAGGGAAAGAGCCUGCUGGAGCCGAUUUGCCUUCCCUCUCAAGGAUCUCUUAGGUCAGGCCCAUCUGUGUCGUGUGCCAUGAGGGCACUGGGGGCCUUCCUUUUGGCUUUGGCGGCGGGCUUGGCCACUGCCAGCCCACCUAAUGUCGUGUUGAUCUUUGCUGACGACCUGGGCUAUGGAGACCUGGGUUGUUAUGGGCACCCCAGUUCCACCACCCCCAACCUGGACCAGCUGGCUGCAGGGGGACUGCGGUUCACAGAUUUUUAUGUGCCCGUGUCUCUGUGCACACCCUCUCGGGCUGCCCUCUUGACCGGUCGGCUCCCAGUUCGGAUGGGCAUGUACCCUGGAGUCCUGAAGCCUAGCUCUCAGGGGGGCCUGCCCCUAGAAGAGGUGACCCUGGCAGAGGUCCUGGCUGCCAAAGGUUACCUCACAGGAAUGGCUGGCAAGUGGCACCUUGGGGUGGGGCCAGAAGGGAUCUUCUUGCCUCCUCAUCACGGCUUCCAUCGAUUCCUAGGCAUCCCCUACUCCCAUGAUCAGGGCCCCUGCCAGAACCUGACCUGCUUCCCACCGGCCACCCCCUGUGAUGGCGGCUGUGACCAGGGCCUGGUCCCCAUCCCCCUGUUGGCCAACUUGACUGUGGAGGUGCAGCCUCCCUGGCUGCCGGGCUUGGAGGCCCGCUACGUAGCUUUUGCCCGUGACCUCAUGACCGAUGCCCAGCGCCAGGGCCGUCCAUUCUUCCUGUACUACGCCUCCCACUUCAGUGGGCAGAGCUUUGCAGAGCACUCAGGCCGUGGGUCAUUUGGGGAUUCCCUGAUGGAGCUGGAUGCAGCUGUAGGGGCCCUGAUGACGGCCAUGGAGGACCUGGGCCUGCUUGAAGAGACCGUGGUCAUCUUCACUGCAGACAAUGGACCUGAAAUGAUGCGUAUGUCCCGAGGUGGUUGCUCUGGCCUUUUGCGAUGUGGAAAGGGAACAACCUUUGAGGGGGGUAUCCGGGAGCCUGCCUUGGCAUUCUGGCUAGGCCACAUCACUCCAGGUGUGACCCAUGAGCUAGCCAGCUCCCUGGACCUACUGCCUACCCUGGCAGCCCUGACUGGGGCCCCACUGCCCAACGUCACCUUGGAUGGCUUUGACCUCAGCCCCCUGCUGUUGGGCACAGGCAAGAGCCCUCGGCAGUCUCUCUUCUUCUACCCGGCCUACCCAGAUGAGGUCCGUGGAGUCUUUGCUGUGCGGAGUGGGAAGUACAAGGCUCACUUCUUCACCCAGGGCUCUGCCCACAGCGACACCACCGCAGACCCUGCCUGCCAUGCCACCAGCCCCCUGACUGCUCACGAGCCCCCAUUGAUCUAUGACCUGUCCAAGGACCCUGGUGAGAACUACAACCUUCUGGGGGGUGUGACCACUGUCACUCCAGAGGUGCUACAUGCAGUGAAGCAGCUACAGCUGCUCAAGGCCCAGUUCGAUGCAGCUAUGACCUUCGGCCCCAGCCAGAUAGCCCGGGGUGAGGACCCGACCCUGCAGAUCUGUUGCCGGCCUGGCUGCACCCCCUACCCCACCUGUUGCCACUGCCCAGACCCCUGGGCCUAAGGGCACCGGCCCAGUCCACAGGGGCAACCCUGUGGCUAGCCCAGGGCCCCUUACCUGCCCGGCACAUAAUGGCUCCUUGCUGUGAGCGUGGGGAGUACAGAUGUAUGGAGGCAUGUACCUGAUAAUGUAAUAACACCAGCUGAGACUUGCA